AUGUACUUCUCCAUCUCGCCGUCGGCCCCGUCGACAAGUUACUCCACCGCGCCUAUGGACAUUCCCUCGUCUAACUCGCGUUCCUCGCAAUCCCCGUCGUGCGCGUAUCCCUCGUGGCCGCGUCGCUCAUCGCUCUCGAGCGAUAACUCCUCAGACUCAGGAGACUACCACAACCGCUCGUUCAUCAUCUCCGACGAAGAGCUAUUCCCUGGCGUCUUUGACGACAGCGAGCUCUGCUCACCUGCCGACACCCCCAACUCGACCGCCAGUAGGUCGCCUGCGAGCCUCGAGCCCGCGCAGAUGAUUGUGGAUCAUGGCACUUUAAUGCGGGAGGUUAUUGCACAGGAGAAGGCAGAGAGAAGAAGACGCCGUGCUAGGACUUCGGGGAAGAAGUCGAGAAGUGGAAGCGCGGCGAGCAGCAAGAAGAUGAGCCCUAUUCAAGAAGCUGUGGAAUGA